GUAGGAACUCCGCGAGUCUGUCAGAAUUUGAUCUUGAUUAGAGCUGAAACUGGACUGUUGGAUUCCACUGUAUUGAUAUGGCAUAAUCUUCUGCACUUCUGUGCGUAAUAAAGGUCAAAACGGUUCACACACCUGGAUCUACGAGCACAGUUACUGGUACAUAACUUACUGCCAUGGCGGCACCGGAAGCCGGGACACCAGAUGCCAGUGCAAAAAAGCGUCCAGUUUACCAAGACGACGAAUUCUGGGAAGACCAUAAAGGCUGCUUAGUUCCAUUGCCAUGGACCUUAUCGCUACCGCAGGUAGAUGAAUUUGAAGCGCAUGAUGGAGAUAUCUGCGUUGUUUCUUUCCCAAAAUCAGGAACCGGGUGGCUGUCGGCGGUAGUUUUGAUGAUUGCGAAUGAUGCGGAUGCUGCCUGCUUACAUGCGGGUAAACCGGUACAGGUUAUGGUGCCGAUGCUGGAACAAGUUCUUCCCACUGAAAUCCAGCACCCGGAACUUCGUAACAUACAUAAGCUGAAAAACAUGCAAGGACCAAGGUUGUACGCCACGCAUUUGAGUAAAGACUCGUUACCGAAGCCAGUCGUGGAAAAGGCUAAAGUGAUUUAUAUAUACCGCAACCCGAAAGAUGUCAUGGUGUCCAUGUACCACUGGCUCCGUGGCCUGCGCGCUGUUGGAUUCGAUCGAGACAUUCGAUAUUUGGUGGACGAGAUGGUCAAGCCACAAGGCAAAAUUAUGUAUGCACCGUAUUUCGAUAACAUUGCCGGAUACUGGAAAAUUCGAAACCAACCGAAUAUUUUUGUGUGUUCAUACGAGCAGAUGCGAAAGAAUUUUCACGCUUCUGUAAAAGAGCUAGCCACUUUUUUGGGAAAAGAACUGAGCGAUGAACAAAUCCAACGCAUAUGCCAUGAAUGUUCGUUUGCCGAAAUGCAAGCCAAUCCUGUUACGAAUCGCCAGGAACGCGAUCAUGUUGUGGGCGUCUAUGACUCUCAAAUUUCCCCCUACAUUCGAAAAGGGGCUGUUGGAAAAUGGCACGACACGAUGGACGAAGAAUCGAGUAAAAAGAUCGAUGAAUGGAUACAACAAAAUCUGUCACGUCCGGAUUUAAUAGAUUUCGGUUUUGAGUUCGAAUAGAUCUGAUUUUACUGUGUUAACAUCAAAAUGUUUAUUUAAAGAGCAACGCCUAUUUCUGACAAGUUAUAUAGAUAUACGUACUUUGUCCGUACAUCACAAAGAACAAAUGGCGCAAGUGCAAGUACGUAAAUGAAUUACUUCCGCUCGGUAAUCAGUUCUGUGAAGAAAGUUUUAUUUCCUCUA